GAUAAGCCUCCUUAAUCCGGCCAUGUGUAUUUCCUUUAGUUAUUAGAGUAGGCGGGAAAGGUUUCAUGCUUCUGCUCUUGUAACAGCAAGUGACAUUUAAGGGCGUUAAUCAAUCAUGGCAUCCUGUGCUUCUGCUGUGUGUGCAUCAUCAAAUGUAGCAGCUGUGGCAGUUGCUCCUUCAUCCAGCUGCCAGAAGAGUGUAAAGGCCAAGGCUUCGUUGGUGGGAAGCAGGGGCAUUAGACCCUCUUCAAGCUUUGGAAACAGCAGGAGGAGGAGGGGGGCUAAGUUAACCGUGACUGUUUGUGAAGCAGUACAGACUGAGAGGCCUCUGUGGUUUCCAGGCAGUACGCCACCUCCUUGGCUUGAUGGCAGCCUUCCAGGAGACUUCGGAUUCGAUCCCCUGGGCUUAGGAUCGGACCCAGAGGUGCUGAAAUGGAAUGUGCAAUCGGAGCUGGUGCACUGCAGGUGGGCAAUGCUGGGAGCGGCGGGCAUCUUCAUCCCAGAACUGUUGACAAAGCUGGGGAUCCUGAACACACCCUUCUGGUACACGGCGGGCGAGCUGGAUUACUUCACAGACAAAACCACGCUCUUCGUGGUGGAAAUGAUAUUGCUGGGAUGGGCAGAGGGGCGGCGAUGGGCAGACAUAAUCAAGCCCGGCUCUGUCAACACUGACCCCAUUUUCCCCAACAACAAGCUCACUGGCACCGAUGUGGGCUACCCCGGAGGAUUCUGGUUCGACCCCCUGGGCUGGGGCACAGGCUCCCCCGAAAAGCUCAAGGAGUUGAGGACCAAGGAGAUCAAGAAUGGCCGCCUAGCUAUGUUGGCCGUCAUGGGAGCCUGGUUCCAAGCCGAAUACACCGGCACUGGCCCCAUCGACAAUUUGUUGGCUCACCUUGCAGAUCCAGGCCAUGCAACAAUCUUUGCGGCCUUCCAACCAAAAUGAAGACACAGUAGCUGGAUUUUCUCUAUUGCAGCUUUGCAUCGUAUAGCUUCCCUCAAAACAAUUUGAUAUGAGCAUUGCUGCCUGUGAUAUCUUUGUAUGUAAUAGAUCUUUAGUGGGAAAGAAUUGUGUUUUUGUUUGUAAUAUGACUGCUUUAUUAAAAACUUUUCUUUCA